AUGAAGGGAGAGCAGAUGGCGGAUGAUUUUGUUGCGAUGAAUCCGGCUCAUCUCGUUCCAACCAUCAAGGAUGGCGACUUUGUUCUCUGGGAAUCAAGGGCGAUCAUGCAGUACUUAUGCAACAAAUUCGACAAAGAAAACAAGUUCUAUCCAGCCGAUCUUGAAGCUCGUGCAAAAGUCGACUACCUCUUGAACUUCGAUCUCGGAACCCUUUACCGAGCCAUCGGGGAGUACAUCUAUCCGAUCUGGUUGCACAACGCCGCUCCUGAUCAGGAAAAACUCAAGGUGAUGGAGGAAAAAUUCGACUUCAUGGAAAACCACCUCUUCAAGAAAGGCGACUAUCUUACCGGAGAAUCGCCAACAAUCGCUGAUAUUUCCAUCUCCUGCUCUUUCUACAACGCUACUUACGUUGGCUACCAAUUCUGCCCGGAAAAAUAUCCAAAAAUCACGACUUUUCGCGAAAAAAUGGCAGUUUUUGCCAACAACGAGGACUUGUCCGCCCAAAUUGAGGAGAUGAUCAAAGAACUGAUGACGAUGGAUCGACAAGUCAUGGAUUCAGCCUAUGCUCAGCCCAAAAAGUGCGAAAACGAAGAGCAAAAAACUUCAGAAUAA